UUCAAAAAUCAAAGGCGGGGGUAAUUUAUUGGAUAUAUAAAACGACUGAUACAAUUUUGAAAUCAAGGAGAGAGUCGACGGAUGAAGAGAAUAAUCGAAACCGAAGAGGAAGAGGCCGAGUUCCUAUCGGCGGUGGCGGCCGCCGAAGAAUCCAUUGCCAAGCGCCGCAAACCUAACCAAGACGAUAUCGAGGGGGCCUACACCGCCGCCCUCAAAGGGAGCAAAAGCAGUCUCUGGCAACAAAUUAACCCCCUUACUACUUCGCAGAGCAAGAGCAGAGUUCACGGUUCAGCUGCUGCGGGGACAAGGGGAUCCGGAUCGGAGAAGAGUUGCCCGUGCGGGUCCGGUACUUGUUUGAUUCUCACUGCCAACACCGAAAGGAAUCGCGGUCGAAUGUUCUAUAAAUGUCCUCUUAGACAGGAAAAUGGAGGCUGUGGUUUCUUUAUGUGGUGUGACUCUGACAUUGCUUCCCAAACUCAUAGCAAUGGCAUUCCUAUGCAUACCAAGGGAAGUUCUGGGGGUUCCUUCGAGUCAUGUAAAGAUCAAACUGUAUCAACUAAUGCUCUUCUUACUGCUUCUAGAGGCUACUGCAACAUGAAUGAUCCAAGCAACAGCGCCUAUACUGUAAGAACCGGAUCUUCAUGCUUCAAAUGUGGAAAGGAUGGGCACUGGGCUAAAGAUUGUAAUGUUCCUUCAUCGCAUACUCCUGCUAAAUCCGGCACUUGCUAUAAAUGCGAUAAGCCUGGGCACUGGGCCAAGGACUGCACUUCCAUGGAUGCCGGAAAAAGCUCCAAGACAAAUGGCUAAUUUGGUUAGUUGUUUAGGUAGUCUGUAAAUUCCAAACA